AUGUCCUCCACGGCUCAUUUCCCGGAUCCUGAUCAUUUUCAGAGCCAGUCCGAUCAGUUUCUGCAUUGGCUGGCUGGCAAGCAGGGCGUCCAGAUCAACCCUAAAAUCCGUCUUGCGGAUCUGAGAUCUCAGGCUGCCGGUAGAGGCGUCGUCGCCCAGGCCGACAUUGCCGAAGGUGAAGAGCUUUUUACCAUCCCGCGCGAUCUCAUUCUGUCGACCCAGAAUUCCCAGCUGAAGGAUCGGCUCCCCCAGAACUUGGAAGAGCUGGGGCCAUGGCUGUCUCUCAUGCUCGUCAUGAUCUACGAGUUUCUGCUCGGUGAACGGUCCGCCUGGGCCCCGUACUUCAAAGUGCUGCCUCGAAAAUUCGACACAUUGAUGUUCUGGUCCACCUCCGAGCUGCAAGAGCUCCAGGGCAGUUCCAUCCUUGACAAAAUCGGAAAGGAAGGUGCCGAAAAAUCCAUCCUCCAGACCAUCGCCCCCAUCGUGCGCGCAAAUCCGUUUCUUUUCCCUCCGAUUGACGGGGUUUCCUCUUACGAUGGUGAUGCCGGCACCCAAGUCCUUCUCAACCUCGCCCACGUAAUGGGAUCCCUCAUCAUGGCCUACGCCUUUGAUAUCGAGAAGCCAGAGGAGGAAGAGGAGGAGGACGAUGGAGAAGGUGGUUAUAUGACGGACGAUGAGGACCUUCUGCCCAAGGCUAUGGUUCCGUUGGCGGAUCUCCUAAACGCGAAUGCAGACCAAAACAACGCCCGUCUUUUCCAGGAGGAAGGUGCUCUUGUCAUGAAAGCCAUCAAACCCAUCAGUCCUGGGGCUGAGAUUUUCAACGAUUAUGGGGAAAUCCCACGUGCUGAUCUCCUCAGACGCUACGGUUAUGUCACGGAUAACUACGCUGGUUACGACGUCGUAGAGCUACCAUUGGAGCUCAUUUGUGAAGCUGCUGGCUUGGCCAAUGCCGAUGCCGAGGAGCAGCCUCCGCUCGAACUUCUUGAAUAUUUGGAACUUCUCGACGAUGGAUACAUCGUUCCCAGGCUGUCGCCGAAUGAUUCAAUUGAUAACAUCGUUUCGGAUGAACUUGCUUUGCUGCUCAGGACAUUGACUCUCCCAGCCGAUCAAUUGGAGCAGUACAAGUCCAAGAGCAAGCCUCCAAAGCCCGCCUUUGGCCCUGCGGAAGGAGCCAUCUUUCAGAAAACCAUCCAGUUGAAGCAAUCGCAGUAUGGCACGACAAUUGCACAGGAUGAGGAGCUCUUGGCCCAAUUGGCCCAUUCCGGGGCGCCUGGCCUUUCCGAAGAAUCGGCUCGUCGGGGCAGAAUGGCGAUCCAGGUCCGUCUGGGUGAGAAGCAAAUCUUGCAGGAUCUAUUCACCUUGAUUAGCAACUUCCUUGCAAGCUCGUCGCAGAAUGGCGGGGGUUCGGCCCAGAAACGGGCUGCUAAUGGCGACAACGAUGAAUCCAGAAUGAGCAAGGCUCUGAAAUCCUGA